UUCAGGAACUUCCGGUAUGCGGACUGCUGGGAAAGCAAAGACAAUUAGGAUGGCGUCUGCGGACCAAUUCAGAGCCCAUCUCGAGAGAACAUGCGCACACCCUCUCUAAUUUGCAUAAGUCAAUCAAUGUCGAACUUUGUUCUGACGCUGUCAGAUUUUCAGUCGAUGCAUUCUGAUGCCAAAGAGAUAUAUGUGUUGUUAAUCUGCUCUUAUUCAGAACCUGAAAUGGGGCAAGUUGAUUAAAGCUGCAGUCCUAGCAAGCUUAUUUGGGAUUGUUUAGGAAUCACAUAAACAUAUACAAGAUGAACAAUUUGGAAGAGGCUGAGCUACAACUUUCUGAAUUAGAUUUGCUUUCUAGUAUGUUUCCUAAUGAAGAUGAAUUUAAGAUGACUGACCAACUGGCUUUAGCAGAAUUGAAAGAUCGUGUUGAAAGAUGUAGUUUAGAAAUGCCAUCUUCAAAAAUACAGUUUAUAUUGAAUUUAGAGUUAGAAAUUCCUGAUGGAGAUAAGAUGCCAUUUUCUUUAUCUUGCGCUUUCCCGUUUAAAUACCCAGCUGUUCUUCCAGAAAUUACUGUCAGGUCUGCAUCCUUAAGCCGAAUGCAGCAGGCUCAGCUGAAUGCAGAUCUCAUAGCCUUCUUGAAGAAACACUGCGCUGGUGAGGUCUGCAUAUUAAGCGCAAGAGAAUGGGUUAAAGAUCAUGCCACGGGUUAUGUCAGCAAGGAUCCAUUGUCCUCUAUGACAAAAUUAAGUGUUAAGAAAUCAGAAGAUAUUUUCACUAGACUCUGGAUUUACAGUCACCACAUAUAUAACAAGCAAAAAAGAAAGAAUAUCGUUGACUGGGCUAAAGAACUCUCUCUUUCUGGAUUCAGCAUGCCUGGGAAACCAGGUAUUAUUUGUACAGAAGGCCCACAAAGCAUGUGUGAGGAGUUCUGGGCAAGAAUAAGAAGAUUAUCAUGGCAGCGAAUUUUAAUUCGUCACAGAGAAGACAUUAGGUUAGAAGGGACUGAAGCUGAAAUGGAGAAACAAAGGAAGUUUUCAGCUUUUGAAGAAAAAAUAUUUGAUGCACAUGGCACCAGAGGAAACCACAUGGAUCUGGGACAAUUGUAUCAUUUUUUACUUGAAAAUGGAUGUGCUGAUGUUUUUCAAAUGUACUUUGGAGUUGAAGGCCAAUAGAUCAGCAAGGGAAGAGAGAAAUCACAUGGAAAAUGAAAUAAUAGUUUGUCACUCAUGGUUUUCCUUAUGACUUUCUUAAAAAUAAUAAUAAUAAAGGAUACUAGAAGCAUUACUCUUUUAUAUGUGAUCAUGAGUGCAGAAACAAGCUCAGGUUAUAGGAAUUACAUUAAUUUGAAUAACAAAGAUUAAAAGUAAUCAUGGUGA